UUUUAUUUUGGUGAACGUGAUUUCAGUGUUAGUGUUGUCCAUCAUGGCGGCGGGCAGUGUGUUCAGAGCCGGACUGUUUAAUCACAGAGUGGCGAUAGUGACCGGAGGAGCGACCGGAAUCGGGAAGGCCAUUACAGCUGAGCUGCUGCAGCUGGGUUGUCAUGUGGUGAUUGCGUCGAGGAAGUCUGAGCGUUUGGAAGUUGCAGCUGAAGAACUUUCCCAGCUGAUCAGUUCCUCGAGCUCGGCGUCCAUCACGGCUCUGCGCUGUAACAUCCGCCAGGAGGAAGAGGUGAGGAAUCUGGUGGCAUCCACGCUGCGUCUUCACGGCAGGAUUGAUUAUUUGGUGAAUAAUGGAGGCGGUCAGUUCAGCAGUCCAGCUGCUAACAUGAGUGUGAAGGGCUGGAACGCUGUGAUCGACACCAACCUGACAGGAACAUUCCUCUGCUGCAGAGAGGUCUACAACGCGUGGAUGAAGGAUCAUGGUGGUGCAAUAGUUAACAUCAUCGCUGACAUGUGGAGGGGGUUUCCAGGCAUGGCACACACAGGGGCAGCGAGAGCCGCAGUGGAGAAUCUCACAAAGAGUUUAGCCAUCGAGUGGGCGAGCAGUGGCGUGAGGAUCAACUCCGUCGCUCCGGGAACCAUCUUCUCCAAGACAGCGAUGGAGAAUUAUAAAGAACUCGGACCCAUGAUCUUCCAGAUGGCUGUUCCGUGUAUUCCUGCAAAACGCCUGGGCUUUCCAGAGGAGAUCUCUCCAGCGGUGUGUUUCCUGCUGUCUCCAGCUGCGUCCUUUAUCUCAGGAGCCACUCUGAAGGUGGACGCAGGACAGAGUCUGUACGACUCGUUGUGGGACAUCCCAGAUCACACUGCGUGGCCUGAGCCCCCAGAGGGAGAGAACGUCCGUGCUCUGAGAGACGUGAUGAAGAAGCUGAAACCCAAACUGUGACGUGGAGGGAAGCUCAGCUCUCUCUCUCUCUCUCUCUCUCUCUCUCUCUCUCUCUCUCACACACACACACACACACACACACACACACAAUUUGUCAUUGUGAUUUUAGCCUCUGUGCUGCAGUUCUGCUUUUAAUAAGACUUUUACCCAGAAGUCACUGCACUGCUUUGUGUACAUGAUGCACACUUCAAUUCAAUUUAUUUUGUAUAGCGCCCUUUACAAUGAACAUUGUCUCAAAGCAGCUUUACAAAAGAAGAAAAACAGAGAAAGGGGAGGGGAAAAAAUAAAUAAAUAAAUAAAAAUAAAAAAUAAAAUAAAUAAAAAUAACUAGAAAUAAGAGUAAAUCAUUAAAUUUAAUAAUUAAACUAUUUUAUCCCCAAUGAGAAGCCUGUGGCGACGGUGGCAAGGAAAAACUCCCUGGGAUGGAAAAGGAAGAAACCUUGAGAGGAACCAGGCUCAGAAGGGAACCCAUCCUCAUCUGGGUGACACUAAAGAGUAAAUAAUGUAACUGUAACUGAUUAAUGUCCUUUCUACAACAGAAAUCAAUGACCCAUGAGGAACUAUUAGGUCAGUGUAGUUUCUAAGGUCAUUAUAAACACUAGUUCUUUGCGGUCACAAGCUGACAGAUGAAAUGGCAGAUCUGUGAUGGUGUGAAAGUCCCCAAGUGGUUCUGUCCAUGGCUGUCUCCUGGUCCACACAGAUCCAUUCACAGCACCAGUGGGCACCAUCAAGCGACGAGACUCCGACCAGGGGGUAGGGCAGUGGUCACACUGGAAACUGGUGAACACUGGGAGCUCAGGAGUGGGGUGUAUAGCUCAACAGAGAAGGUAGAGAGAGAAAGAUAUUAAGAAUGAUUGAUUCUGAUCAUGUGAUGCUUAAAGACAAUGUAGAUUAUGUGUAAAGUGCAGGCAGGGACUCCAGCAAGACUAGCUAUGACAUCAUAACUAAAAGGGAGAGCCAGAAGGUCACAGACAUGAAGGCUUCCCGGGACAUAAAGCAUCCAACCACUUCACAGUCAGCAAACCUGAGCGACUUGUGAGGAUGGUAAGAUGACAGCAUCCAACACAUCCCAGUCACCAAACACUCUAUGACCAUGAACCUUCCAGAUCUGCUCCUUUACCUAAGAAAACUAUACAUUAAAAGCUCGACUAAACAAAUGUGUCUUCAGCCUAGACUUAAACAUUGAGACUGUGUCUGAAUCCCCAACACUAAUUGGAAGGCUGUUCCAUAACUUUGGGGCUUUGAAAGAGAAAGCUCCGCCCCCUGCUGUAGCCUUUGCUACUUGAGGUACUACCAAGUAACCAGCACCCUUUGAUCGGAGUGGGCGUGGCGGAUCAUAAAAGACUAAAAGAUCGCUCAGGUACUGCGGUGCGAGACCAUUUGGUGCUUUAUAGGUCAGUAACAGUAUUUUAUAAUCAAUGUGAAAUUUGACUGGGAGCCAAUGUAGUGUGGCUAAAAUAGGAGUGAUGUGUUCAUAUCUUCUGGUUCUGGUUAGGACUCUAGCUGCUGCAUUCUGGACUAACUGGAGCUUGUUUCUGCUCCUACUGGAACAUCCAGACAGUAAGACAUUACAAUAAUCCAACCUAGAGGUAACAAAAGCAUGAACUAGUUUCUCCGCAUCAUGAAGUGACAACAUAUUUCUUAUCUUAGCAAUAUUCCUAAGAUGGAAGAAGGCUACCCGAGUGAUAUUAUCUACAUGAGCUUCGAAUGAAAGACCAGAGUCAAUAAUCACACCAAGAUCUUUUACUGCUGGACAAGAUGAAACCAAAAGACCAUCCACCAUUACUCUGUAAUCAGAAAGCUCACUUCUAGCUGCCUGUGGUCCUAGUACAAGCACCUCUGUCUUGUCCGAAUUAAGCAGGAGGAAGUUAGUGACCAUCCAAUGUCUAAUGUCCUUUACACAUUCUUCUAUCUUAAUAAGCUGGUGUCUCUCAUCUGAUUUAGCUGAAACAUAUAGCUGUGUGUCAUCGGCAUAACAGUGGAAGCUAAUACCAUGUUUACGAAUAAUUGCACCAAGGGGUAACAUAUAUAGGGAGAAAAGCAGUGGGCCUAAGACAGAACCUUGUGGAACACUGAACAUAACCUUGGUAUGCAUGGAGAAGUGACCAUCUAGAUCUACAAACUGAUAACGGUCAGUCAAAUAAGACCCUGAUCAGAAGCCAGUAACAGGUCAUUGACCACUUUAACCAGUGCUGUCUCUGUGCAAUGAUGAGGCCUGAAUCCUGACUGAUACAUUUCAUAAAUGUUAUUUCUAUGCAGGUCUGAACAGAACUGCUGUGCUACAGCCUUUUCUAGGAUCUUGGAGAUAAAGGGCAGGUUUGAUAUCGAUCUAUAGUUAGACAGCUGACCAGGGUCGAGGUCCGGUUUUUUAAUCAAGGCUUUGAUAACUGCUAGUUUAAAAGAUUUAGGCACAUAGCCCGUGCUUAGGGAAGAAUUAAUGAUUUUUAGAAGGGAUUCAGUAGCUACUGGUAAUAUCUGUUUAAGGAAAGAUGUGGGUAAAGGAUCUAGGAUGCAGGUUGAGAGUUUUGAAGAGGAAAUUAGUGAAAUUAUAUCAGGCUCUUGAAGUGGAGUGAAGCAUUCAAAGCUCUGAUCAGAAAUAAUUAUAUUAUCUAAAGAAUUAUCUAACAAAUAAAUUGGUUUUAAAUUAAUAGUCUGAAUUUUUUGCCUGAUAUUGUCAAUUUUAUCAUUGAAGAAAUUCAUGAAGUCAUUGCUGCUAAAUGUAGAUGGUGUGCACUUUUCUACAGUGGUUUUACUCCUAGUUAGUUUUUGCUACAGUGCUAAAUAAAAAUUUUGGAUUGUUUUUGUUAUCUUCGAUUAGGGCAGAGAGAUACGCUGAUCUAGCAGCACUAAGAGAAUUUUUGUAUCUCAGAAGGCUUUCCUUCCACGCAAUCUGGAAUACUGCCAAUUUAGUUUGACGCCAUUUACGCUCUAGUUUCCUAGCUGAUUGUUUUAAAGCUCGUGUGUGGUCGUUGUACCAGGUUGCUAGUUUCUUCUCUUUAAUUAUUUUCCAUAUAAGUGGAGCUACAGUGUCUAGGGUGUUCCGAAACAUUGACUCCAGGUAAUCAGUCACCUGGUCAAGUUCUGUAGGGUCAGAAGGUGAACCAAUCAUGUGUGAUAAUUCUGGGAGACUAUCGGUAAAUCUCUCUGCAGUAGCAGACGUAAAUAAAUGCUUCAUAUGUUAAAGACGCAUUUUAAAUGAAACAAGAUCAUGAUCUGAGAUAGCUUCCGACUGUGGAAGAGUGACUCUGUUUUCUAUAUUUAAUCCGAAUGUAAAAAUGAGAUCCAGAGUGUGACCUCCAUUAUGAGUGGGUCCUAUUACAUUUUGAUUAACACCUAAUGAAUCUAAGAUGGACACACCUGCUGUUCUCAGAGGGUCUUCUGGCUUAUCAAAAUGAAUGUUGAAGUCUCCGACUAUUAAUGCUUUGUCUAAAGAAACAACAAGGUUUGAAGUAAAA